AUGCGUGGCAUUGUGAAGAAUACAUUCAUUCCCGCAAGAGGAGAAUGGAAACUGGCGUACGAUUUCUUUUGUCCCACGAAGAUUGGCUCCAACCCUCCAUUGGUUUUGCUGCACGGCUUGCUAGGAAAUCGGAAACAGAAUCGCCAUGUUGCAAAGAUUCUAGCACACAAUCUGCAGACACCAGUCCUUAUUCCCGAUCUAACCAACCACGGAGAUUCUUUUCAUCGUAGUGCCCACAGUAAUAAGCUCAUGUCUGAUGACAUAUCCAGUUUGCUGAAAUCUCCCGAGAUCAAUCCGCAGUAUUCCGGUGGCUACGUUAUGAUUGGACAUUCAAUGGGAGGAAAAGCAGCGAUGCUUCACGCACUGAAUCACCCUAACGAUGUAUUGGGGGUAGCUUCUGUCGACAACGUGCCAUACAGGAAUCCGAGCGCGGCGGACCCAGAGUUUGCUCGAUUUGAUAGAUUUUUCAGCUACGCUAAACAGUACUUAACGAAUUCUACGUUUUCAAGCUUGACAGAGGUGGACCAGAAGUUGAAGGAAAUUGAACAGGAUAAACUUUUCAGACAGCUUCUCGUUAGCAACUUCAGAAGAAGCAAGGUUUCAAAAUCCAUGGAAUGUAAAGUCCCAGUCGAAGUUUUACAGCGGUCAUUAGAGGGCCUGAAGGUCCUAGAAGUCGAUAACUCUGUCAAAUAUUAUGGACCCCUACUGAUUAUCAGAGCCUUGAAAAGUCCUUUUGUCGGCGUAAUAGACCACGAGAAAGUCUCCUGUCACUUUCCAAAUUAUUCCAUAAGUGAUAUCAAUACCGGUCAUUGGGUCAUUACCGAAGAUUGUCCCGGAUUCGUAACGAUUAUUGAUGAAUGGAUCAAGAAUCAAAAUUUCGGAAAUCAUCAGCAAUAA